AUGGAUGCGCCAGUGCAUCGCAAUGUUGUGUCGCCCGAGCCAACUGUGAAGCGGGGCUUUAAGGUGCCUCUGCGCAAUCUCGAUUUGAUCGUUAAGCGUAUGGGGGAUAUCACCAACUGCUACCUCAGGGGCCUUUUCAGUAUUGGCUUAGUACACAAUCCGAGUGACAAGAAACACGUCUACGAUCAGACAUUCAUUUCAGCGCUGCGCUUGUACGAAUUCUAUGUCAAAGCCGUAACGCAGUACGCGCAUGUGGCUGUGGACACCUUCACUGUGGUGACCGAGGCACUUCACGAUGAGGAAAUUGAUAGAAU